CAGAAGUACCUCCGCAACGCGAGCAGUUCGCGAAUGGAACAUUUCCGGCUGCUGAGCACGGGGUCGGCCGUGGGCGAGCUGAGCUUCCAGUGGAUCGGGCCGCGUGCGGACGAGCCGCGCUACCGAGAGACGCUGUCGCGCUCGCAUCAGCUCGGCCACCAGGGCGGCCCGGGUGCCAAGUGGCUCGAGGGGAACCACAUGUCCCUCCGCGCCGAGCCCACCCUCCGCAUGCUCGCCCUCUCCACCGCGGCCCCCUCCGUCCUGCUUUACAACACCUCGGCUCUGGGCAACAGCAGUGACGGCAACAGCAGCAACAGCAAUAGUAGCAGAAGCAACAGCAACACGAGCCUCACCGUCGAGGCGGUGUCCGAGGGUGAGCCCUUCACGCUGACCUGUGUGGCCACCGGAUCGACGAGCAUCAAGUUCCACUGGGUCAAGGACGGGAUGGUGCUCGCCGACAACGACACGCGUGCGAGCAGCAGGUGGAUGUGGACGCGACUGGAGGACUUGGGAGGCGGCCGCUUUCAGUCGCAGCUGCAGGUGCGGUCCGCCGUGCAGUUGCACGCGGGCCGCUACACCUGCGGUGCGCAGGACUGGGAGAGCCGCAGCUGCAUAGCCGUGCAGCUGCGAGUGCGGAGGGCGCCGCAGGUGCGGGUCGCGCCCAUGGCCACCACCCUGCGCAAGGGCGACAACUUGACGGUGACGUGCCUGGCGUUGGGGGAGCCCCUCGGGGACGCCUCCGCGGCGGGCGCGACCGGUCGGAGAGCGGCGGUCGGCGGUGAGUCGUUCGGCUUCACGUGGACGCGGAACCGCGCCUUGCUGCCACUGAGCCCGGGCAAGGAGGUCUGGGAGGAUCUAGUGCCAGCUGGCUCGCUGCUCCGACUGUACAACGUCCGGCGCACCGCCACCUACUGCUGCCAGGUGAGGGGCCGCACGCUGUCGCGCACGGCGUGCUCCGACGUCCACGUGGUCGGCGAGGCCCCGGGCGCGUCCGAGGCCGUGGACGCGGCGGCCGCCGGGGCGGUCCCGGUGUGCGCGGGCGGGGCCGCGGAGCUGGAGUGGCCCGACACGGCGGCGGGGGCCGAGGCGCGGCUGCCGUGCCCGCCGCAGUACACGGGGCGCGCCGCCGUGCGCGCCUGCGGCCUGGUGGACACGGGCCACCCGCGCUGGGGGCAGCCCGACUUCUCCCAGUGCGAGUCCCGCCAGCUGGCCGCCGUCCGCGAGCGCCUCGAGGCCGUGACGCUGGGCCUGUCCAACGCCAGCGCGGCCGGCGUGCUGUCCUCGGCCCUGUCGCUGGCCUCGGCCGCGCUGCGGCUCCCGGGCGAGGGCGGCGCGCUGCUGGGGCUGCUGCGCGGCGCGGCCCAGCACCUCGCCGACCUACCGCGCCCGCCGCCCACAGCGUCCACCGCGCCCGUGCUCGACGCGGCCAGCGCGGCCACCCAGGACACGCCGCCGUCGCCCAAGGCCUCGACGGCCGCCACGUCGGAGGCGGACCAGAUCCGGAAGCUGUCCCUGGAGGGCUUGGACCUGUUGCUGCGGCGGCCUCGAGCACUCAAUUCUGAGCAGCACGUGGUGGAGAUGCAGCGCCUGGCGCGCUCCGUGUCGCUGCUGUGGGCCGCGUCGCCGCAGGUGGCCGCCGGCGCCGCCGAGCGCCUAAGCCUGCCCGCCAUGGCCGUGAGCGUGGCCAGCGUAGCACCCGACCCGCACGAUCAGAGCAUCAAGGUGCACUUCCCCGCCCCUGCCUCCAGGUGGGCCGACUGGACGGAGGGUUUCGUGGACGUGGUGCUCCGGCUGGGUGCCGCUCCAGCCGGCGCAGCGGCUGACCUCGAGCAGGCAACGCAGGCCCCCAAGGACAACGCGACCCUGGCGGCCCCGGGGGCCGUGGGGCUGGCCGUCGUGGCGUACCGCAACCUUUCCAAACUGCUACCGGAGCGGCUCGUCAUGAAGCAGGAGAACGACGAGGAGCUGGAGAUGGAGAUUCACUCGCGGGUCGUGUCGGUGUGGCUAGGCACGUCGAGCGGGGCCGUGAUCGCCGAGCCGCCGGAGGGCUUCGUGGCGGAGGCGUGGCUCCGCUCGCUGGAGGACGAGGAGGGGGGGCAGGUCGGCGGCGAGACGACGGGCGCGGGCCCCAGGGCGGACUGGGUGGAGGUGUGCGGGCUGACGUCCGAGGUGGGCGCGAGCUACACGGGCGCCUGGGACCUCACGUCCUGCGAGCUGCACCACGAGCCCGCCCUGCUCGGCCUCCACCAGCCCUCGACCAAGGUCACGGCUCCCCUGCCCGGCGCCGCCCAAGGCCAGAGCCCGGGCCUUGGACUGGGCCUGGGACUAGGCCCCAGCACCAGCCGCUGCACCUGCUCCAAGCCCGGCACCAUCGCCCUCCUGCUCGUCGCGCACACCGCCAAGGCGCCUGCCGUGCCUGAGGCGUCGCCGCCGCUCGUGGUCGUGGCGGGCUGCGGGUCGUGCCUGCUGCUGUCGCUGCUGACGCUGGUGCUGCUGCUGCUGCGCUGCCGGCUGCGGCCGCGCGCCCUCUACCUCAAGCUGCAGUGCUGCGCCGCCACGGUGGCCGCCAUGGCCGUGUUCCUGCACGCCGUGCACCGCCCGCCGCCGCCGGUAAGCAACUCUACUCGCGGUAAUGAGCCUGUUUGUCUCGGCGCCGCGGUGCUCCCCCGACAUAAUAGCCAGCAGAUUGCAUCGGAGCAGUGCUGCUGCAUUCGGGCUUUCGGUUGCAAUAAAAUGAGAACCUUUGAAGGAAUCUUCGCUUCGGGUUGGUGAAUGAAAAACUUUGGUGGCGUGGCUGUCUGUUGCCACCCCUACUUCCCCACUCCCUCCCUCCCUCCUCCUCCCUCUCGCCGCCCUACUCCUUUUCCCCGAUAAGCGCAGAAAAGCGCGCGCCAUUUCGCCCAGCUCCGCCACGCCGCCGGGCCCCGCUCCGCGCGGCGUCCCCACGGGGAUCGUCUGCUGCUCUUCGCUGAAACAACACGAACCGAAUCGCGGGAGGCCAGGCCCGGGCCAACCCCCCGCCGCCCAGCGCCGCGCCACCUCCGCAAACCCCCCUCAAACGGUUUACUGCCUGGCGUCGUCGGCCCCGCACUGCCUCCCCUCAUCAGGACGAUCCGCUGCUCCGAUUCGGCUUGGUCAGCACCCACC